CACAGUUCAAGAGUCUGUGUUCACACCUCACGGUUACGAUCGUUUAAUAAUAACACUCGACUGUUCCCAAGAAUGCCCGACGAAAAUGUGGACUUUAAGGCUACUUACAGUGGAGCACAGUACUCGACAGGGAUGGGCCUUGUCUAUGUCUUUAACCUGAUAGUUGGAACAGGGGCGCUAACAAUGCCUUCAGCUUUCAAAGAAGCAGGAUGGCUUAUAAGCUUGAUCACCAUUGCAGUGCUUGGUCUUGUCAGCUAUAUCACAGUAACCUUUAUGACUGAGGCAAUGGCCAUUGCUAAUGCCAAACUGAAAACAGAUGCCAAAGAACAAUCAGAGGAUAAUUGCAAUGAGGAUCAGAUUGGAUCUGUCUCAGAGGAAUUUCCACUCCUGCAAAACAAGGGAUCCAACGUUCAACUUUUUGAGAUAACUCAAAGAAUUGAAAUGAGCAAAAUGGCAGACAUGUUUUUCAAUCGAGUCGGCAUUAUACUGUUCAACCUGUGUAUCAUCAUCUACCUAUUUGGAGAUCUGUCUAUAUAUGCUGUUGCUGUACCAAAGUCAUUACGAGAUGUUGUCUGCACUUACGCAGGAAUCAACAAUUCUUGCAAUGAAACUGUAGGGGAUAAUGAUCCAUGCUGGGAAGGAGUAAAUCUAUCCCGUGACAAUGCUUACAGAGUGUUUGUGGCUGCAUUUCUCAUACUGCUUGGACCAUUUGUCUUCUUCAAUGUACAGAAGACAAAAUACUUGCAGCUGCUUACAACUCUAGCAAGAUGGUUAGCAUUUGGAAUGAUGAUAGUCCUGACUAUCAUCCAGCUAGCAGAGGGAAAAGGACAGGGUCACCCAGCGGUUGCAAGUGUUUCUGGGAUUCCCAACCUGUUUGGAGUCUGUGUCUACUCGUUCAUGUGCCACCAUUCUCUGCCAUCCCUCAUCACACCCAUUCGCAAUAAGGCUAGGCUCUCAACAGUACUAGCAGCUGAUUACACCCUCAUCCUUGUCUUUUACGCUCUGCUGAGUUUUACAGGCAUCUUCACCUUCACAAAGAUCGAGGAUUUGUACACCCUCAACUUUCAACCAAAUGAGUGUGGACGACAGGCUGUGACCACAGUCAAGUUUAUCGAGUACUUUUUAGCCUUGUUUCCAGUUUUCACCCUGAGUACUAGCUUCCCCAUCAUUGCCAUUACCUUACGCAACAAUCUGCAGGCCAUGUUGUCAGGGCCAACCACCCACCCUCUGAUUAGCAGGCUUUUGCUACCGUUGCUGGCUGUCAUACCUUCCACCAUUGUUGCCAUCAUCACCAACAGGGUCGACUUUCUUGUGGGGAUCACAGGUUCCUAUGCAGGUGUUGGCAUACAGUAUGCCAUUCCAGCCUGCCUUGUGCUGCUAGCAAGGCGCCACAUAGACGAACUGCUGAUCAAGGGAGGUGUGCAGCUGCAUCGCUCCCCCUUCAGUCACGUGUUUUGGGUGUAUUUGGUCCUGGUAUGGGCGAUUCUCUGUGUUGUUUUUGUCACAAUCAACCACAUCAUAAAUGGCAGCUAAUGGAGUGGAGUUCUAGUUUUUGUGUUGCAAGGAAACAAGUUCAGUUUUAAAGGAUUCUGGUAAUGCUAGCCCUGUGUGCUUUCACUUCUUGAAAAGGAUUCAUGAAACUUGGGCUCAGCGAUAUUUAUGUGUGCGUGAUUGUUGGGAGGGAGGGCGAACAUUGUAAGAGAGGAAGAAUAUUUUAUAUCUACACAGACUUGCAUUUACCCAGCACAAGAGAAGUGGCCACAAUUUGUGAUAACUCUCCUGUCUCUAUUUGUAUUUGUUGUUUUACAUAAGUGCUACGUUUUAUUGAGCUUUAACUGUUCAGAUUUAUCACUAUAAGUUUAAAGACUGGCUACAUUUUCAGCUGAACAACUUGCUGUUGUUGUUCAGUGGGUAAAUUUCUUUGUAAUUUUCUCACUUAACAUGCACAAAAGUAAAAUAUACAAGAAUCUCUUUUCAGUAAAAUUUCCAUCAAUUUGUACUUGAAAUGUAUAUUUCUUAUUCAUAUGUUUUAUUGUAUGUUUUGGGGUAAUGAAACAAAUACAUUUGUUAAAUUAGAUUGCAAAUGUUGGCUUUGCUAUAAAACCAACAGCACAUAAUAUAAUAAAAUUAUCUGCCAAACUA